AUGAGUAGAAAAGCAGUUAUAGCCAAAAUAGCGAAGCCUGGUCCAGGCAGCUCUAUCGAGAACUGCGGCCAAGCCGUGCAGAGCAGCCGGCCGAGAAAUGAAUGUUCCGCAGUCGGUCAAAUUUCAAUCACGUCCGUCUCGUACAAGCCACAGCCGAGCACACGCACCAACCUGGGAAGCAAUGUCCCGCGGUUGGCCAAGUCACGAUCAUUCAAGUCUUUGCCGCGCAUGACCACGCCGCGCGAGCCGGGAAGUAACGCCUCGCGGCCGUGCGACUCAUCUCUGAUAUAUCCAUAUCUUUCAUGUUUUUACAAGGUCAAAAUAGCAAAGAAGAGUCCAAAAUGGAGCAAAAAGAGUCAAAUCACCAAGUUCCCAAGUCUAGAGCACCAAAAUCUACAUUUCUCGCUAAAGACCAAACCGGAGCAUCCGAAGUACGACCGCAUAUUCAUGCCUUCCCGACGUCCAAAAGUCAUGAUUCUUAUAUGGAAAGAUAGAUAUUUGAGUCGUGACCCGCGGCGAAGUGGAAAGAGGUCAUUUGGAUCACUCGUUGGACCGGAACUUAUUUUCUACCAAGACAUGUCCGACGAGCGCCUAAGUAGAGCCCAUGGAGACUUUGAUGGAUCAAGAGGCCCGAGAUACCGCGCCCAAGGCCUUGGCUCGUCUUGA